AGAAAAGGCGCAAGCGUGCUUGUCGUCAGUGUCAGUUCACAAUAUCAGUUUAUAGUUCAAAUGGUUAGAGAGUUCCUUAGGAAUUGUGUGCGUCAAACGAAGCAACAGAGAAGGAAAGCUGUCGUAUCCUGUAAAGUCUUGAUGGAGGUGAAAGAGGAAACAUAUGAGGUUGACAUGAAUAUCAUGGAGAAAAAGACUGUAUAUGUUAAAGAGGAGGACUGUGAAUGGGAGCUUCUCCACCCUCAACAGGAGAGUCUGGGCAUUAAUGAUGAGGAGUGUGAACUGGGGUCAGUGGCCAUUAAAGAAGAGGCUGAGGAGAAGUCUGUCAACAGUGUGACUGACAGCCAUACAAAUGUGGAGAGUGUCAAGGAAGAAGACCUUCAUGAUGGGUGUCAAGAUGAAGUGGUGACCUCUUCUCUAAGCCGACACCAUUCAUCCCAGGAGUUUUCUGUCAUUGUGAAGUCUGAAUCAUUACAGCCUGAGUCAAAGCAGACUGAGGAAAUGACAUCAAUUAGAACACCGAAAGAUCAACCACUACCUAAAAAUAAGUCUAGAGAAAGAAACAAACCUUACUGCUGUUCUGAAUGUGGCAAACAAUUCUCACGAACCAGCCAUCUUCAGUGCCACAAACGAAUUCACACUGGAGAGAAGCCAUAUUGCUGUUCUGAAUGUGGUAAACUAUUCUCACGAACCAGCCAUCUUCAGCGCCACAAACAAACUCACACUAAAGAGAAGCCAUAUUGCUGUUCCAAAUGUGGUAAACGAUUCUCACGAACCAGCUAUCUUCAGUGCCACAAACAAACUCACACUGGAGAGAAGCCAUAUUGCUGUCCUGAAUGUGGCAAACGAUUCUCACGAACCAGCCAUCUUCAGCGCCACAAACAAACUCACACUGGAGAGAAGCCAUAUUGCUGUUCUGAAUGUGGUAAACCAUUCUCAGAAAUCGGCGUUCUUCGGCGCCACAAACGAACUCACACUGGAGAGAAGCCAUAUUGCUGUUCUAAAUGUGGCAAACAAUUCUCACAAACCAGCCAUCUUCAGCGCCACAAACAAACUCACACUGGAGAGAAGCCAUAUUGCUGUUCUGAAUGUGGUAAACUAUUCUCGGAAAUUGGCGUUCUUCGGCGCCACAAACGAACUCACACUGGAGAGAAACCAUAUUGCUGUUUUGAAUGUGGCAAACGAUUCUCACAAACCAGCCAUCUUCAGCGCCACAAACAAGUGCACACAAGAAACAAGCCCUAUCUGAAUGUGGCAAAUGAUUCUCACAAACCAACGGUCUUCAGUGCUACAAACAAGUGCACACAAGAGCAAAGCCCUAUUGUUGUUCUAAAUGUGACAAAAAGUUUUUAGAAAGGUAUUUUGGGAGCCAUAAAAGAAUUCAGAAUAGGAGAGAAGCCAUAAUGUUGUUGCUCUGAAUGUUGCAGUUAUCACAAAGGAGCACUCUGUGUUUGUUUAAAAAAAAAAAAAAAAAAAAAAAAGAAAUUCACAUAAGCAAAGUAUUAUACCUGCAGUGGGAUGGCGCCCUGCCCGGGAUUGGUUCCUGCCUUUCGACCUGUGAUGGCUAGGAAUGGGUUCCAGCAGACACCCGUGACCUCGUGUUAGGAUAUAGCAGGUUGGAAAAUGGAUGGAUGGAAAGUAUUAUACAAAAUGCACCCCAUUCUGAUAAAUUUCAUCUCAAGCACCAUGCCUCACUGGCAAACAACAUGACAAAGGACAGAUAGCUAUCCUGAAUAUAAAAAAUAAAAUGAGUGUUUUUCCAAGGAGACUCCUAAUCAGGUCUACUAUUGUGCCUGGCAUUAAAACCUGAUUUCCUAAAUAAUCCUGGACAUGAUUUUCAUAUCGGAACCUCAGAGAGCCACUUGCUUUCUAUUUAUAAAUGAUUUGAAAUAUCUUGUUACUGGGUGCAAAGUAUUGAUGGCUGCAGGAUUAUACACUGAAAGACACCACAAAGUGGCCAGGCUUGUUUACUGGUACAUUUGAGAGAAAAAUAACUUACCAGCACCAGAAACAGACUUGGAAACACUAUCCAGACUCCAUAAUGGGAAAUGAGGAGAUGUCGAUCGCUUGGGACACACCAGUACCAAAUGAAGAAAGUAGGUGCUAGAAAACCAGAUAUAAAUAUCAAGAAUAUAAAAACUGUCUAAUAAAGCUUGGCUAAAAAGUAUCAGUUUCUAGUGAUGACUCAAUUCUAAGGCAACAAAACAAGAAAUGCAAUCUGAGAUAUGCCAAAUGUGGGAAUAAAUACAAAAAUAUUGCCCAUUGUGCUGGGAUCAACAAGACUAAUAAAGGCAAACUUUCAGCCUAUUAUGAUGUCCUAUCAAUUACAAUAACUCCUUAGAAAUUGCAAAAAGAAUCCUUAUUUGGAACAAUUCAGGUGUUACACUGAGCCUUUGCUGCAAACUUAUGAGAGUUAGAAUUAAAGCAGUACAGCUAGACCAUCCUGACUCCCGUUUUGAUAGUAAGAAACCAAACUUUGGAAGUUGUAUUGCAUCUUUGGAGCCACACAAUAAUCCACACUGGAGAGAAGCCAUAUUGUUGUUAGGAGUAUGGCAAACAAUUUUCACAGAUGCCCAAUCUUCAGAGACACGCCAGAAUUGACACAGAAGAGAAGGAAACUGCCUGUUGGGUUGGGAUUAACGGGGCUAAUAAAGAGAAACGUUCAGGUCCACCUUGACAUCCUACUGAUUACCAUAACUCCGUAUGAAUGGCAAUAACAAGCAGAAGUUGCAACGGUGAACCCUCACUACAACCUUACAGCAGGAAAGAAUAAAGCAGCGCUACUGAUCUGUCGUGACUCACAAGUGAGCUGUCUUGAUAGAAAGCACACCAAGACCAUUUGGAAGAAAUGAACCUGAGAGAAGCUGCAUUGCUCUUCAGAAUAUGGCCAGCUGUCUUGUAGGCCAGAAAAUAUUUCACACUGAUUACCACCACGAGAAGUCCUGAGGAGUACAUUAGAGGGGAAAGGAGGAGAAAAAAAGGAGGAAGAGGUCGAGUACCAUAAUGUGGUGGGUUUAGUUGGGUAAGAUCUGCUGUAAGACUAAAGGUGGCAUUUCUUUUUCCACCCAGAAAUGUUACAUUUCAGACUUUUAAUUGGGUAUUUUGAAUAGUUUUUGCGCAUGUGUGUGUUUUGGUAAUUUUUCUUAUCUAGACCAUUUUUAAGUAAAUAAACUUUUAAAAUAUGAACAA